GGCGCGCGUAGCAAGUCGACGUCAGGGUUGUUUACAGAAUGUAAGGAAAGAGCAAAGCAAAGCUAUUUUCUGCUCACAGCACCAUGAAACAUCCCAUUGUCAAAUUUCAGAGCUGAGGAGAUUGAGGUAGGCAUGCGUUCGGAUGUAACUGCAUUAUAAUUUCGCAUUUACAACUAGAUACCUAGUUCUUGCAUUGUUAGGAUGUUCGAUAUUCGAUCUGGGAUUCUGAGCAGUCUACUUUUCCCAUCAAUCGAUAGAUACCAUUAAGAUGGCUAAAUAAAUUACAGCCCUAUCUUUAUUAUAUACCCCUGUUAAAACCAGGAAUAUAAACAAUACAUAACCGCAAUGGAUCAUCCGAUGGCUACAUGCAAUAGUCAGUUGGACAGUGACACAAAUAGAGAAAUUAUAAAUAUUCAGACAGACAAGGAUGAAUCAUCAUCACAUACUUUGAGAAUGCCUACUGGCUGGACAAGAUUAGUGAAACAACGGAAAGCAGGCAAGACAGCAGGCAAAAUGGACGUCUACAUUUCAAGUUCCCAAGGGAAGACAUUCCGGUCCAAAGCAUCUUUGCAAGCUUUCCUUCUGAAAGAUGGAGAAGGAGGUUUACAUGUAGACCUCUUUGAUUUUAGCACCUCUCAGGAUGGGGUGAGACACACAUCUCUGGCUGUUCCCGUGGAUAAGAGGCCGAGAAGAAGAAAGCUGGCAACAGGUGCCAAAAAGCUGGAAAUUAAAUCAGAAAGUUUGACUGAAUUGUCAGAUCUGCUUCCAAGUAAAAUGGACAGAAAAAAAUCGUCCCCGACCAGAACUGAACAUCAAGAAGCCUUUGCAUCCAAGCAGACUUUGGACGUCUCGCCUAUAAUCAAAGAGCAGAUCGUAGAAAAGGCAGAGAAAGUUGACAUUGGUACUGUGAAAAACAUGCAGGUAUUUUCAAGGGGAGGGCGGUGUGAUACUAUGAACGCCGGGGAAUGUUUAACGCAGUCUGUGUCUUUAGCAUCGUUGGGUGAUUGUCAACCGGAAAGUAACCUAAGAGGUCGGCUGAGGGAGAAGCUCUUCAAACCGUCUGCUGCUCUGACAAGCCAAGCAAACACCUGGCAGAGGCCGGAGAAUACACAGCCAGGCCCCCCGCCUCUGGCUAUCAUUGUGACUGUUGAUGCGGCCGGCCAGAGAGUGAGUGAAGCUGAGACCGAGCAAGGAAGGUGUGAGGAAAAGAUUCCAGUUGAAGAAGAGCUGAAAACUCUUUCUGAGUUCCAAUGUGCUAAUAGGGAGAAUGAGAAUGUCAAGGAGGAAGUGUCCUCGUCACCUGACACGCGUGAUGAAUGCUGUUCACCAGCAAGAGAACGCCAGAAGUCCACAACCUUGGGUGACAAACGAAAGACCAGCCCCUAUUUCAGCGGUAAAUCACGAAGAGACGUUCUCAGCCCACCAAGGAGAAAAGCUUUCAAGAAGUGGACCCCCCCACGCUCCCCAUUUUACCUGGUGCAGGAAACCCUUUUUCACAACCCCUGGAAGCUGCUCGUGGCCACCAUAUUUUUAAACAAGACCAGUGGAAAAGUGGCCAUUCCGGUUCUUUGGCAGUUCUUUGAGCAUUACCCAUCUGCUGAAAUAACUAAAGAUGCAAAUUGGAAGUCAAUUUCUGAACUUCUGAAGCCACUUGGAUUGUAUGAGAUCAGAGCCAAAAUAAUAAUUCGCUUUUCAGAGGAAUAUCUCGGUAAACAGUGGCGCUAUCCAAUUGAACUACAUGGCAUAGGAAAAUACGGCAACGAUUCCUACAGGAUCUUCUGUGUGGAGGAAUGGAGAAAGGUCACCCCUCAAGAUCACAAGCUGAAUAGAUACCAUGCCUGGCUGGUUGAAAACCACAAGGAGCUGGGCAUAUGAGGCGGCACAAAGAAACUGCUCAUGGUUUUAAUUUCAAAGCGACAAUCAUUAUUCCCCAUAUUGAAUACCCACUCUGACUAUAGAACCAUAUUAAAAAGUUGUAAUGUUAGAAGAGUGAGUUGCUUCAAGUUAACAGGUGCAAUGAUCCUGCUUCCAUAAAUGCUAAAGUAAAUUAUGUUGAAUAAAGUAUGUUGAAUAAAGUAUUUAUUAAUAUCC